AUUUCGUAUAACCAAUAAAUACGUAUAUAUGUUUACAAAGGUUUCUGUUCAUCAACUGUCAAUCGUGUAAUUCAACUUUAUCAACAAAUUUUUAUGACUCCACCAUAAAUAAUUGAAUACCUUGAACAAAAAAUUAUAUCUUAAAUGAAUUGAAAUGUCUCUUUUUCCUGCAUACGCAAAGGAAUUAGUUGAGAAAGUUUCAGAAACUCCACAAGUAGAAAAUGCAAUUAACGAUCAGCCAAGUACCAGUUGGCUUUCCAAUUCUAGUUUUCCAGAAUUUGUUCAUCCACCCACCAUAAAUAUCUCUUCAGAUUCAUCGGAUUCUGAUGAAAUAGAGUUUAUAACUAGAAUAAAUAAGGAAGACUCUGAUGAUAUCAUAGAAGUAUCUAGCUCAAUUGUAAAUGAAACUGACAAUAGGAAAGAACAUUUUAAGAAACGCAAAAAGUUAAAAAAAUCAAAAAAACAUGAAAAGCAUAAAAUUACAAAAAACUAUGAGUUAGUUGUUAAAGAUGUAUAUUAUGAUGAUACAUUUAGAGAUAAAGGAAACUUUAAAGUAGACACUUUAUGUUCGAGAGUUAGACCUAUAUAUAAUUUAAAACAAACUGCUCUUGGUUUGAUUGUAAAUAUGUACAAUAAAAAAGAAAUAUUUAAUCGAUAUUACGUUAAAAUAACAGAUAAGAAAAAAUCGAAAAAGCUAAAUACAAUUAUCCAAAAAACCAAAAUUAUUCAUAAUACAGAUCAUGAUGAAUUUAAUCAAAAAAUUUCAGAAGCAGCAGAAGAAAAAAUAAAAUCAAAAAUUAAAGAAUAUAAUGAAAAACUUGCUGAAGACCCACACGAUAUUGAUCUUUGGUUGGAAUAUAUUCAUUUUAAUGAUCGUGAUAAUGACUUUGAAACAUCUCACGACAAGAAUACUGAAACAAUAAAAUAUCAACGAAAAUUAGCUAUAGUAGAAAAAGCAUUAGAAAAAAAUGCACAAUCUAACGAAUUAAUAAAAGAAAAAUUAAAGUAUAUGAAUAAUCUACUACCAGCUGACCAGUAUUCAAAUGAAAUUGAAGCAAUGAUUGAAAAGGAUCCAGGAAAUAUUUUAUUAUGGCAAGAACUAAUCAGUGCAACCAGGUCUUCCGUUGCUAUGUGUACAGUACCAAAAGUGAUAAAUUUAUAUUCAAAAUGCUUCGCUUCUCUUCAUUUAUGGUCCAGAACUGAUCUCCAAGCUUAUGACGAUCGUUUACUGAAUACUCUUUAUCAUAGUUUGAUAUUUUUACGACAAGCAGGACUCUGGGAACAAAUGUGGGAAAUAAUACGUCUUAAUUUAAAUUUAAAUCUCAGCAUAAAUAAAAAUAAUCAUUACUUUAAAAAUUCUAUUGAUGAAAAAAAACUAAUUGAUAUGGAAGAAGUAAUUUUAACAUCGAAAUUACCAUUAAAUCAAUUAUGGCUUCGUGUGGAAUUGCUAAGAGAGAACUGUCAUUGGAUGAGUGUGACUCAAGAGGAGCUUGAACUUAUUGGAGAUUCACAUAGAUUUAUUUCUCCAGAGGACGUGACAGACUUUAUCCAUCCUUUGUUAAGUAGAAAAUCAAAUUUCAAAAUGGUUAUUUAUUUUCUAAUGGCUUUAAAAAUUCCAUUGUUACCAACUCGCCAUCAAACUUUACAAGAUUUAGAUAUGAAGGCAAUUAAUUGGAGUUUUGAUUCUCUUGAAUUUUUAAUUCCAUUCAUAUAUCCGUGUGCUGGUGAAAUGGCUGGUUAUGAUAAAAGAAUUGCACUUUCAAUAGGAUUACUUGAAGGAAGUAUCACAUCAGGACCUCAAUACAUUCGAUAUCAUCCAGCACAGGAAUCUUAUAUAGACUUUAUUCGAAAUGUUUUUAGUACUGUUGCAGAAAGUCUAUCAUCAGAGAAUAGAUCGAGUAUAUAUAUUUGGUGGUUACGAUUUGAAAGAAUGAUUCUAUCACUGAUAAAAAAUAGUACGGUUCGAAUUGAUAAAGGUUCUAAAAAACUGAAAGGAAUUUUGAAAGAUUUUUUACAGAAACAAGAAAAUCGAAACAACUUAUAUUAUUACCGAGAAUAUGCAUUAAUAAAACGAGAAAUGAAAAAUUUCGAUAAUUGUGUAAAUAUUUUAGAAACUGCUAUUAAAACAAAAGGAAAUAUAGUGAAAAAUGUUGUAGAUAAAAUGGAACAAGUUGCUCUUUUAAGUUUGUAUAGAACUCUUUUAGAAGUUUUACUGGACACACAGUUUUGGACAGAAUUAAAUAGGACGCGAAUAUUAGAAAUUUUCUCUCAAAUGUCAGAUGGAAAAGAUCAAAAUGAAUGUAUAAUAAAUACUGAAAAAUAUCUUUCUAAAUUUUAUAAAGAGUUAUUAGAAAGUCCUGAUCUAUCACUCUUAGAGGAAUCGUUAGAAACACUUUUCUUUCCUAAUUUUUAUUGUGACAUAGUGGUAUGUUAUGUAUAUUUUAUUUUUAUCAACAGUCAAGACUUGGAAAAAAUUUUUGAAAUUUAUGAUAAAUCUUUAACAAAACUUUCAAAUUAUCCACAUGUUCAAGAGCAAGUGUAUGAAAACCAAAUAGCAUUUUUACACUUUAUUUAUGAAAAAUCAUUGAUAAAUUUGAGUCUAUUAAGAGAGUACUUAAAUAAAGCUAUGGAAUGUUAUCCCAAUAAUUUCUACAUUCUCUCUGUUUUUGCAGGAAUUGAGAGUGAAUUACCACAUUGGAGUAUUUGUACUCGUCCUACAAAUGAUCGACUUUGGAUGAAUAUUGCUCUAUGUUUAGCAGGUCGAGCACGUCUACAAACAUCAGUUUGUAUAAAUGAUCCUAUUGCUAUGUCUGCUGCGACUAAUAAAUUGCUCCAUUUUCACAAAAGACUUUCAAAUAACGAUGAAUUACGCUGUUGUCCAAUCAUCUGGAGAUUAUAUAUGUUGCUCCUUCGAGAAAAAAACUUAUGUGAAAAAAAAGGGGAAGAAAUUUAUCAUGAAAGUGUUGCCUACUGCCCAUGGUCUAGAUGUAUUUAUAUUGAUGCUGCUGAAAUUGCUCCACAAUUGUUAACACAAAUUCAGGAUAUAAUUCGUGAAAAAAAUUUAAGAAUGCACGUGACUCCAGAAGAACUUGACAUUUUAAGAGGAUAAUUAUGGAAUAUUAUUAAUUGUUGCAUUGAU